AUGCAAAUGAAGCAUUGGAAAAGGUCUAAAAACAACACUAUUCGAGCGUCUUGCGCUGGCUUUGUUGGCACUUUGGUGUCACGAAUGGGAGUUUCGGCUUUACUUAACACACCUGAUCAACUAUCAAAGAUCGUUCCUCACCUAAUCGCCUUCUCUAAAGAUGCAAAUCCGCAAGUGCGAAUGCAUGGGAAGCAAACACUUCUGAGCUUGAGUCAGGGUGGCAUUGAUUCUUUGGACAGCACGAGUGUCUCUUUGGGUGCUUCGUUAUCCCGCAGUGGAAGCAUACGAAAAGCUGUACAGAGAAAAUUACCAGACAAUGUCCAACUUGAUCUUGAUGAGAUCAAAGCUGAUCUUACUGCGGCGGGUUGGGAAAGGCGCAUUGGUGGUCUCAAACGGUUCCUGGAAAUGACCAUAACUGCCCCUAAAGCCAUCGCUAGUGAUACUAAGCUUAUGGAAGCCUUCAUCGGUCGACUAAAUGACAUCAAUAGCAAGGUCUCCUUAGAAGGCCUUGACACCUACUUAGCGUCUCUAGGUAUCCUUAGCAAAAUGUACUCGACCGAGUCCAAUCUCAAGGCUGUGUUAAAUCAACUCGUACUUGCUUUGAUGUCCCACUUAUCCAGUAAAAGUGAAGAGCAUCGCACUACAGCUCAGAAAUGUUUGCGCGAUACAGUUGUACAGAUCGGUUAGUA